ACUGUAACUGUCAAGUUUGUCAAGGUCAAGUGAAAUAACAAUUUUGACAGUUAACUACCUGUUUGGUGCGAGUUCUGCUGUUCUUUUUAAGUUUUUCUAUAAAAAUAUUACGCGAAAGUAUACUAACUUUCUUUGUAUCAAAUACGGAUAAGUCAUUAAUCCGUUUAAACGAGGAAGCAUCUGGAUUCAUUGACAACAGAUUGUGUAGCAAGUGAGCACCGCCCGCUAGCCCCAAGGAUGUCGGCUCCCGGUUUAACUUCAGAAGCCCAGCUGCGGUACAUGCUGCAGUGGUUCAGUGAAUUCAGUGAGUUGCAGAGAGAAGACUUCCUGCCAGUUCUGGCCGCUGCCCGGGGAGACAAACCUGAUCAGCUGGCUGCUUCAUUGGCUUCUAUAACUUGUGACGACAAGCCUGUUAGCCUUUUCCAGUGCCGGAUAAAACUAUUUAACGAGUGGUUUCCAACCUGGGCUGAGGAGGAACAAGACAGGCUGAUUAAGAGUGUCUCCGAGACUGAUCCUGAGUUCGGAAAGAAAUUGCAGGAUGUCAUGUUAAACGGACCACAGGUGAAUGGUGAUCAGAACGGAUUCUUUGACUAUCAUACACCAGCUCCGGAGGAAGAGAAAAAGACUGAAGACAGUGAGACCUGGAAUAAUGAGGAGAAUGGACAUGCUGAGGUAGAGGAUGCUGCAGAGCCAGUGGUUCCUGAGAACAUUCCUGUAGAAAUUGCAGCUGCAUCUUAAUUUAUUAAUGAGGUUCUUUAUUUAAUUUUUUUUCCGUUUUUAUUACACCAGCACACGUUUAAAUAAAAGAAAAUGCCGAGUUCACACAAUGAGAACUACCAUUUUGUGAUUGCUCUAUAGAGAUGUCCAAAAUUUAAUGUGUAAUGACUAUUCGUUAACCGAUAGUUUAUUGGGCAAAAGACCUUUCGCUACAUAAGUAAUCGUUGCGCCAAACUCACUCGCAGUAGUCCUCCUGGAUGAAUGAGGUUUUUUAAUUUAAUUUUUGGUCUUUAGUAUUAUCAAAAAAAAAAAAUGUUGCCAAGUUCACACUAUUACACAGAAGAAACUGAAUAGCAUACUAACCAGUCAAUAUUAAUAAAUAUAUAAUAAAAAGUUGAGUAGACUAGUUUUGUGAAUAACUUAUAGUACGUAUUUGUACUAUUUACUGAAAUUAUUUGUUAAAUUAUUCUCCUUUGUAUUGUAUUGAGUGUAGCUAAAACUGGAAUGUAAACAUUCUGAAGUUCUCGAAUAUAAGUAUUCAAGAUAUUAUUUUUAUAAAUCUAAAGUUGUAAACUUAUGGAUGACUUUGACUGUAUGGCGGCGUAAACAUUCCAUUUAAAUUCAUUCCACAUGAUUAAUUAAUUUUUACAGUGUCUGUGGUACGAUGACAAAUAUUGUUUAUGAUAUUAAGUUAGUACUGCAUGCAAAUAUUAUCUCCAUGAAUUGAUAUUUAAAAAAUACCAAAUUCUUUUCUCAUUCGCUUUUUUCUUAUUUUAUUGUAAAAAAAUCUACAAUUAUGAAAUUAUCAGCAUGAUAGAAGUAUGUAUUAACUUUAAAUGAAUGACUCAUAAAACUAAAGCCAUAUAAAAACGAUUUAUGCUAUAUUUUUGCCUUGAAAUUUCAUGUAAACUUGAUUAACUUUAUUAAUCAAAUUUAGAAAAAACAUUCUUCCUAUAAAUUGUGGUUACUAUAAUUGUCUAUGGUUAUAAGUUAAGGUGAUAGGUACUUUCUUUUCCAUUUUCGCGCUUAAUUUCUAUUGGAUAUGCUGCGCAUACAUAUUAUUAUACAUUUUAUUUAAACUUAUGCUUAUGUAUGUCAGAAUUUCUCUCUUGAAUCUCCUACUUUAAUAAUUCUUCUGCGCUCAUUCUACAUAGCAACACCUGCUUUUCUAUUAGAUAUAUUAGAUUUCAGUCUCCUAUUUUUGUAUUUAUUGAUAUUAUAAAACUAUAUUAUUAGAUGUAAGCUGUCGUUGGAUGUUAAAAACAUAAAAUGUCUGAAAUAUUGUCAUAUUAUUUGUAUUGUAUGUAUAUCGCCAUAAACGUACCUAAAUAGUUUGUUGAUCAUUGUAUUACUAGCUUGGAUAAACACGCGUGUCAGGGGAGAAUGAGAGGAUUUUAUGAAAUGUAUAUUACCUACUUUAUUUAUUCCCCUGUUUUACUGUAGCAAAAUUAUAUUAAAAAAGAAAACCAAAUAUAAAAGAUCUUUGGAACACUCCUAGAUCGUGUGAAGGAGAAAGUACAAACAUAAUAAUACGUGCCAAUAUGUAAUGAGUAGAUAUAUUUCAUUCUUUAUAUAGGAGUAUAUUUUUCCUAUGUUCACAAAAGUAAUAUAUUUCCGUAGUUGUAUUCUUUCGUGAUGGUCUGAAGUGUGAUUGUUAGGGCGAUGCUGGCGGGAGCCGGGCGUGACUAGAAGGAGGUCAUUUAUACAUCUAAUUAGGUAUAAAUAAAUUAUUUACUUAAUACAAAUUUUAUUAUAAUUGUAA